AUGGGCCAUAAUAUUAUUCUCAUGCAGUAUUGCCGAGCUGCUGUAGCCGGUAUACUUCGAUGGAUCACCAGCUGCGCCAUUCUGGGCAUGACUGCGUCGUGCCUUGCCUAUGAGGCGACGCCAAAACAGGCCCGCGCCGCCAUAAUAUACAACCUUGUGUGUGCAUGCCUUCAUAUACCACUCCUGGGACCAUUUCCAUUACCCGUGUCGGAGACGAAACUACGCCCUCGACCGUGGUAUGCUGUGGUUUUGGCAGUAUCGACUCUUAUGUGGCCCGCAGCAGCAGGGACUUUAUUCGCAUACUUGUUCUCGCUGAGCCAUGAUAAAUCCCCAAUCAACACGCGAAUAAGGGUGUGCGCUGCUCUAGACAUUACCAAUAUAGUGCUCUGCGUGAUUCAGUGGACCAUGAUCUUCAAGGUGAAGAAGACAGAGAGAUUUGGUGAGCGAUACAGGGCGAUUGGAUACCAAGAAGUCCAAGAACUGUUCGAGAUCAAGGUAAUACAUCGAAAUCUGCUUGGAUACUUUAUUGUCGUUCAACAGGUCGAUUGA